AUGCUCGGAUUCUAUAUCCAAACAUUUCGGUCUAGGCAGGAUAAAAAACAUAAUAUUAUACUAGCUGUAAUUCGCGUGAAAGUUACUUUGGGAAGAGGCAGAGGUCGUGGUAAGCGCGUGUACACUAUACAAAUGUCAGAGGGCAAGCGGCGCGGCGGUAAGCGAGGGGGCUCCGGCGCUCCGAGCUCCGCCGGCUCGGGCUCCGCCCCCGCCCCGGACAGCACGCCGCCUUCAGCGCUCCGCAAACAGAACUACUCUCUGUUCCUCAAGCAGCGCGCCGUACUGUUCUCAGCCAAGAAGUGGAAGUAG